GAUUUGUCAGUGGGAGUGGGAGGCGAAGAGACUUCGCAAUUGUCCCCGAUUUUCAUUGAGCAUUCUGGGGGCUGUUUCAAGUGUUCUUGUGGGUGAUCUAGUGGUGUCUCUGUGGGCAGUUGAUCCGAGGUGGUGCUGGUGAUGUCUGCAGCCAUCUAUCGGGACAGUCCGCACGGGACUCCGUCGCACUUCCGUGAAAGUUCCCAGGGAGGGUCCUUUAUGCUGCCCAGCGGCUCUGUAGGGCCUCCUGGGUCAUCCUAUUUCUCCUCGCCGGCCUCCCUGCAGCACUUCCACCAACCCCAUCCCCAUCACCUGGCCUACAGUACUGGCCAGCGUCAUGCUAAACGAAAAAGUGCUGUGGAACUCCUGGCCGAGAGCAAGCCUCUCUACGUCAAAUCCGAAACAGUGCUGGACAGGGAUCAGCAGCUAUUCCGAGGAAAUACUCCCAGUGCAAUGCACAUGCUUUCGCCAUCGAGGACGCUGACACAGCAUUCUCAGGCCCAGCAGCACAGUCGCCUCCAUCAGGCCCCACGGGCAGCAAAUCGCCGGAGUGCCUCUGCCCUGGCCAUCAAUUCUGACCUUCUGCAGACGAAACUGCGGAAGUUGCUCAAUACAUCCGAGAGCAAAGAGAUGCUCAAUCCCACUCUCGAUCCACAAUUUUCUAGCCAGCACUAUGGGUAUCCGCCCAAGGAGUCCUCAGUCUUCUUUUCCAGUGCUUUCCUCUCGCCCCAAUCACUGCCCCCGCAGCCAGUCUCCGACGAAGACGACAUCUACCGCUUCGACGAUACCCUGAUCCUCACCGAUGACUACCGGGCCAUCAGUCCUCCGGCGGAAUAUGCUGAGGAUCACAUUGAAGAGAGGAGCGCCACUCCGCGAUACUACCAACGCUCCUUCUCUCAUUCCCAGGCUGUUUCUUCCGGCGACACCGAAUACUCGCCCUCCUACAACAUCAACAGCCACAAAUCUCUGCCGGAUCUCAAUCUCCAGGUGAGCCGUCACUCGCCGCAUAGUGAAGCCCUGAGUUGCUGCAGCCGCGGCAACAGAUCCAAUAAAUCUGGUUCCUCGUUUAACCGGGAUUCCGGUGGCUCUUCGGGCCACUACACGCAUCAGAGUGAGCCGGCGCCGUGCUGCAAUCAGCCUCCGGAUGCCAUCCAAGGUGAGUUCCGGCGCGAUAGUGGCUCCUCCACGCAGCACAGCGGCAAUUCGUACUUCGCCUACGGAAUCCCGCCACUGGGCUUCGAUGUGGCCGAGAAGACGGACGAGGAGGAAGCUGACUGCCUGCUGAACUUCACCACGGCCGAGGUGCCGGAAGCCUUCCAGGACGACUACGAGGGAGGCGGAAGGAAGGCCGACGGGAGGUUCUACGAGGACGCUAGGUCAAGUGCCCGGCAGACGGUGCUGUAUUUCGAGGAGAAGGCUCGAGAGGGAGCUGCUUAUGGGCAAAAUGUUGACCUGAGUCCUCCGGGACUGGGAGUGUUCAAGCGACAGAAGUGCUUGAGGCUGAAGCAGAGGGGUAGAUCGGAUGAUCGCAGGCCUAUUCUGCGAUCGAAGAGUGACAUUAGUGACAGGUACUGGAGCCGCGCAGACGGUGUCCAGGGCGGGGAGAAGCGCUACAAGCCGGAAAUGUUCCAGCUGGAGCGAUUCUUCGAUAGACUGGGCCUCAAUGAGGCCAGUUAUGAGGAACUCGUGACCACAAAGAGUGCCGCAGCCUCGGCCACGGGGUACAGUGAUAAGGACUCGGACCAAUCGAGUGUGGUGUUCUUCUCGGACGUGAGCACCGUGGACUCCACACGACUGCCGGACAGCACGGAUGCUGGCCAGGCCAGUGGACCCUAUCGUUCCACGGAGCCACCGUCCAUCGUGGAGCGCAAUGCGCGCAUUAUCAAGUGGCUGUGCAACUGCAGGAGGGUGCAGAUGACAUAGCAAGUGAAGAAGGGGUUCGGCCUCAUCUGAACACAAUAGUCACACUCCUGUUGUGAGUGCUCCCCCGGAAAUUUCCUCUGCCCAAGAAUCUAUUUCCUCCUCCUUCAACAAUUUCCCGGAUACGCUGUGACUCUCGCGAUUUAUUCUCGAAAAGCAGAUCUUUUUCUUCUUCCUCCCCUGGAAAGUCCUCCGAUUUGUCCUACAGCAUUCCUUCCCAGUAAAAGACUUUUCUCAGUUCCUUUCAAUUGCCGUCAGAGUUGAAACUUUUACAAAUUUUGGGAUAAAGAUGAUUUUCAACGUCGGCCACGACCUUUUUGUGAUAUACCCUUUUUUUAUUUUCUGAAUUUGAAAUUAAAACCAAAAAGUAAGUCUUCAAAAGACUAUUUAAAAAUAUUUUAAAUAUUUUUGAAAAAAAUAAUUCUCAGUUUCAGUGAGACAAUCCUAUCGUCUUAUUGAAGUGGUUCAGUUUAAAACUGAUUUUUCGAAGUUUUUUUUUUUAAAUCAAGGAAGUGCAGUAAAUUAAGAAUUUAAAGAGAAAGACUGAACGUUCCUAUUUUUUUUUGCUAAAAAUUAAACCUAAUCAGUAUAUAAUCCGAUUUAUUUCGAGAAGAAUUUUAAGGAUAUACGGUAUUCAUUUUUUUCUUCUGUGUUUUGGAUUUCUUUGUGGAAGUCUCGCAGGAUUAAUUUGCUUGAAGUAUAGAUAGCGCAGUAAAAGCUGUCAAAUCUCUUUACUUUAGACAGUUCGAAAUUUCGAAAAUCUGACGAUAAACUCGAAAUGAAAUCCGUAAAAAAAAAAUCGAAAAUCUCUAAAUUCCUAAUAACAAAAUACAUAAAUAGCAUUUUUUCCUUGGAUUAAUUAUAAUUUAAAUAAGAAAAUAUCAGUUUUAGAUUUACUCUGUCCAUUUUACGUUUUCAUGGUUUUGAUAACCUUUUAUAUAUAAAUAUAAUUAUUUAUAAUUAUUAUAAAUAUAAAUAUAAAUAUAUUUAUAUAUAAAAAUAAUUAUAUAUAAUUUAUAAAAAAAGUGAUAAACAACAUUAAAACGUUAUAAUUAUUUAUGAAUCAUAUUCAUUAUCAACAGAAUCCUCAUUCUCUUUGCAUUCCAUCAACACGAUUUUUAAAAUGAAUUUUAGAGUAUACUGUUUCUUUGGAAUCAAUAAAUUAUGAAGAAUAGUCGAAUUUCGUAAUUUGUUUAUUUCAAUUCGUUGUCUUCCGAUUUAAAUAAUAAUUCAUUUUACUUUAAACGUAAAUUUAAACGUACAUUUUUAAGAUUAGAAGCUCGCAUUGUCCUACGCACAAUAACUUUUGUUUUGUAAACAUGUUAUUGACAUUUCAAUGAGAGUGAAUGAAAUCUCACAAGUCAUUGUAUGCUGGGCAUCAUCUCUGAAAGCAAAUAUUUCAACAAGAACUAAAAUCAAAAUAAAACUAAAGAAAUCAAAAUAAUAAAUCAUACAAUUCAAAACGAAAGUCAAAAAAUUUAAUAUUUGUUUAAAAUCUCGAUUCAAAGUAAAUUUCGAAUUUUAAAAUUAAGUUUUCGCGCAAGGCUGUGUAAACAUUUUUGAAAUGCCAUGCCAAAAUGGCACUCAAUUGAUCAAGUAAUAGAAUACUCGCUCUACAAUGCAUGUGUCCUGGAUUCGAAUCACUUUUAUGUUUGUGCACAGAGAGCGAUCCUCUACUUUCUUGAAGACAAAAUGUCUUUUUCCUCGUAUUUGAAACUGGUCUUCGAAUUUAUUUUUCAAAUUGAAAGAAUAACUGACUUUCAAUUUCGCAAAAUGGCACUGAUUUACGAAAAUUCAUACAAAAUUUGAAAUAAUCAGACUGUCCUCUAACGCAAAAUUAGAAAAUUUAUAAAAUACUGUAUUAUGGAUAUAAAAAAUUAAUAAGAUAAUUCUUUGUAAGUUGAUAAGCGUAUUCCCCGCAAACAAUAUGAAUAUUAUCACUAUUGACAGUCCUGAUACUUCGAAAUUCGAAUAGAUGUCCAAACUUUCGAAAUCGACUUAAUGCAAUCAAUUAAAAACCUCUGACAUAACAUAUUGGCAUUAGGUCCUUUUAACUCAGAAUGAUUUAUAGGUUUAUCUACUAUAAUCUCAUUUAGGGGAAAGUGGGACACCUUUGAAUUGGGGUACCUUUGAAAUUGAACUUUGUUCUACAACUUUCAAAAGGAAUUAAGGCUUUAAGAAAUUAAAGAAAAUCCUAAUGUAUUUUAUUUCGAAAAUUGAAAGCACUAUCCUGAAAAAUCGUUUUAAUUUGAAUACACUUCAUUUAAAAAAAUAUAUAUUAAAAUUAUCUUUAUCUUUAUCUUUAUCUACAAAUUGGACGAAUAAAAAGUCUUCAACUCUGACAUGUUCCUAAGAAAGAUUCAACGAUUUUUAAAAUGAAUUAGAAUGGCAUUAAAUACCACCAUUUGAGCAAUUUUUAGACUGUUAUUUCCACGUUCUAUCUAAGAACAUUCUGACUACAUUCUCCCACUGCAUUUCAUUUUUUUUUUUUGCGAUAUUUAGAUCAGACUUGUAGGUGAUAGUUAGAAAGUGAAAAAAAUAUCCUCCGAAGAGAGUCCUCGUAGGUUUUGUUUAUGUUUGUAUUUUUAAUGUGUGUAACACUUUUUUUUAACGAUUCAACUCACAUUUUAUUAACACAAUUGAACGGAUAUUUUACAAUUUAUACAAAAAAAAAUGAAAAUUAUUAAUUGUUAUUAAUCGAAGAGACAUCAAAGAAGAAUCUCCUCAAAGGUGCAAAUUUUAUUUUAUUGUUUAUUGUUUGAUCUUUUUUUAUAUUGUAUAUUUGUCAAUUUUAUUAUUACAAUAAAAGAAAAAUGAAACUUACAUGUAUGAGAUUUUAGAAAUGGAAUCAAUGUAAAUUCGAUAUUAUACGCAAAAUAUUCUAAAAAAAAAAGUUUGUUACAAUAAAAACUUCAUCGUACUGAUGUGGAAAAACUCUUUUUCCCAAAAUGAUAAAAUCUUAAUUUUUGAAAAAUCAUUUAAUGGUGUAACUUGUGACAACUUUUAAUUGUAUUCGAAGAAACCAAUUAAUCUCGUUAUAAUCUGCGAAAAUGGCUUUGAAACUAAUUAAAAUAUCAUAAACCCUCGUAAUUCAUGAAUAAAUUUUAAAAUGAAAUAAAACUGUUUUAACUGGAAAAAAAUAAGUAGAUAAAUGCAUUUCAAUGGAUGAAAAACAAAACAUUUAACCAAUUAUGACGUAGAAGAAAAGUGUAUAAAAAAAUUAUGUAAAAUCGAAUGAAUUUACUCGUACCAGACUUAUUUAGAAAGGAAACAAAAGGUACUCGAUCGUUUGUAGAAAUAGCGCCUAAUCCACUUUACGAAUAAAUAAAAAAAAAACUUAUUCUAAUCUGAAAAUCUAA